GAGGAGGCAGGAAAACGCUGCUGGAGCGGGGAACGAUGGCGGUGAGCAAGGAGAAGGGACAAGUUUGAUACGGAAAACUGGGACAUUGUGGGCCAUCUUUCGGCGCCUAACACGAUGAAGCAAGUUGCAGAUGACUUCGCAGUGAGUGUUUAGUUAGGACAACUGUACUCCAAAUAAGUUCCGCCGGACCCAUGGCACUGCUGGCGUAAAGUCGAGGGAUAAUAGUGUACCAACAAGCAGCAUCAAUCUCUCCAAAACCGGCUUUUCUAAUUGGGCUGCAGUCGUAAACAAGCAACAAUGAUCAAAGCGGAAAGCAAAGGAGGUGAGAGGACCCUGAGGAGCGCAUCCCCUCACAGAAAUGCAUACAAGUCUGAUUUCCACGCCAUUAAGUGCUCCUUUGAUGGAUCAAAAUCCGAAGGCGACGCCAAAUCAUAUGCAAAUGGUUCCAGUGACACCCGGGAGGACUCAAGGGGGAGGCCUUUUGGGACCAGAGUGAACAAGAUAAAGAACAUAUUCCUACAGAUGGAUGGCCAGCAACAGGAGUGUCAAGAGGGGAAAGUGACUGUAAAGCCUGAUGUGUCCCCGGUGUCCCCACAGAAGCUGCAAUUUCCAGUCAACACCCACAGAGUUAACGUCAACAGUGCCACAAGCCCAGAAUUACAAAAUUUGGAUAAAACACCCAAGGGGGAAGAUGUUGAGAUUGACAAAGUGGCUCUGGCAGAGAAGUUUUCUGUGACAAGAAAACUCUUUGAAAGGGGCAUCAAAGAACAGCCUGCAGCUGAAAAACAGUCUCCAAACAGAGUAGUAACUCGUUUGUCCCUCGGAAGUGCCUCUGAUGAGGGGAAAAGCACGAGGCGAGUAUCAGGAUCCUCUGAGACUAUCAAAUCAGAGCAAACCCCUCCAUCAAUUAAAUGUCAACCGGAUGAGAAGGCUGAUAGUGAGAAAAAGCAUGCGUCUAGAGUGUCGCUGAAUGCAGGACCCAUGUCCAAAAGGUUGGAGAAUUACAUGGCAGAGAAUGACUCUGAAGACAACACAGCUGCUAUAAAGGGAGGAACAGUGUCUGCUAAACAGCAAAGUACCACUGAACACUUGCAGCCUUCCUCUCCAAAAAGGGACAACUUGCACAAAACUACUUCUCCUGUUAAAGAAGCCACUAACUCCACCCCUUUGACUGAUGCCACUAACAAAAAUGCAUCCCAGACAGCCAGCAAACCAACUUUGUUGGGUUCGAGUGUUAAACCAACAUUUCCAGUUACCAAUGCAGCAUACAAAUCUAAUUCUCCAACAACUGACGCCACUCACAAACCCCUUUCACCAGAGCAAAGAACUCCGGUUAGCCAUGGCUACAAGCACUCAUCAUCAUCCGGUGAUGGAUUUAGCAGGACAUCUGUUGGUGGGGAUGAAGGCAAGCCACAUAGUCCGCCCCCAGGGGAUGUGAAGCAGCCUCUUCCAUCAGCUGGUGGGUUACAGAACACCAACAGGGCUAAGUACCCUGAAAAAGCCAGGAGUAAUGACAGUGUGAUACACAGACCUACCAGGGACAAGCCAUCCAACCAGGCCUCAUCACUGAACUCCAGUGGGGUUGGUGUGGUACGAGCAGAGCUGGUAGUGGUUCAGAAUGAGUCCUCUGAGAGUGAGGAGAACGAGGAUGGGAACACUGAAGAUAAUGUGUUUGAGGAACAGAAGGUGCAAAGCCCCAAAGACGACCUAUUAACGAACCUGAAAAUAACCGCUCCAGCAGAAAAACAGAACUGUAACCCUGCACAUCAUGUUUUAGUGAGAGAUGACGCAAAAGAGACACAAAGGAUAACAGAGACUGUGGGUGAAGGUAGAGUCUUGGAGGAUAGCGAGCAAUUUGUUUUGAAAAGGGAGAGACAGGAAGACAUUUCAGUUUUGAGUCAAGAUGGCGAUGAUAAUCGUGAGGAAGAUGAUGAGGUAGCAGAGGAGGAGAGUGAGCUAGAGGAGCAGGUGGACCAGAGCAUCCUGGAUAGAUCCUCACCAGUGGUGUACGGUAUUGAGAAUGCAGCAUUUGUGGAUGACAGAGAUGUAGACCAGGUCCUCAGGGAAGAAGAGGAAGAAGAAGAAGAAGAGGAGGAAGAGGAAGAAGAAGAAGAGGAGGAGGAGGAAGAUGAUCAAAUGUAUAGGGAUUAUGACUGUUAUGAGACCACUGGUUUGUCUGAUGAGGAGGAUCCUCCCGCAAAGAGGAAAAUCAAGUUCUCCACAGGCCCCAUUCAGGUCUUCAGUACCUUCUCCAAUGAAGAAUAUGAUCGGCGCAACGAUGAUGUGGAUCCAGUCGCAGCGUCUGCAGAGUACGAGCUGGAGAAGAGAGUUGAGAAGAUGGAUGUGUUCCCUGUGGAGAUCGAGAAAGGAGACAAUGGACUUGGCAUCAGUAUCAUAGGAAUGGGAGUGGGCGCUGACCAGGGUCUUGAGAAGCUGGGCAUUUUUGUGAAAACCAUAACCGAGCGAGGAGCAGCUGAGAACGAUGGACGCAUACAGGUGAAUGACCAGAUAGUGGAGGUGGAUGGUAUCAGCCUGGUGGGCGUCACUCAACUGUUUGCUGCAACAGUCCUGAAGAACACCAAAGGCACUGUGAGGUUCCAGAUUGGACGGGAGAAACCAGGGACACAAAGCGAGGUAGCCCGACUCAUUAGCGAGACACUAGAGCAAGAGAAGAACCAGCAGCAACAGCAACAACACCUGGAUGAUCCCUUCGAACACUCUACAGAGGAGGAGGAGCGAUAUGAGGACGAGGACGGAGGGGAUGAGAGAAUUUUGUGCUCCAAUUUCUCUCCAGGGCCGAACGCAGAGCUGUAUGAGCUUCCUGAUUCAGAGUCUCUCUUUAUGCCGACUAACAUGGACAGCUCUCAGAUGGUCUUCAAGUUUAAAGAGCUGCAGCUCAAACACAGCGUUGCUACAGCUGAAAUUAAUCAACUGAAGGAAAAGCUAAGGGCAUCUGAGGAGGACAGGUCAUUAUGGGAAGCCAGGGAGUCUGCGCUGGAUCUGAAGAUCGAGGAUAACAACGAAAAAAUCCUGAAGUUGGAGAGUUACUGGCUGGAAGCCCAAGCUCUGUGUAAGACUGUGAAUGAACAAUUAGCUGAGACUCAGGCCCAGCACGAGACCCUGGACAAGAAGUACAACAAGGCCAAGAAACUGCUCAAGGACUACCAGCAGAAAGAAAUAGACUUUGUGAAGAAAGAGGAGGAGCUGAAAAAGAUCCUAGAUGAAAAAGACAAGUGGUACAAGGAGCAGCUGGAAACCUUACAAAACAGAAUAACUGUCCUGGAGUCCAGAGGGGGCUCCGAUGUGGAGCGUCAGAGUGUCCUGCACCCAGCAGCAGACGAGAGAUUAAUUGGCCAAGACUCAGUUACCAACACACAAUCUGUUGACUCGCUACUUGAACAAGACUGGAGUGAGUUAGUCCCUGAGACUGAGCGCUUGGACACCAGCGCACACAAAGCAAAAUGCCUGCUGGCUCAGAAGGCCAAACGUCAGCCUCCGUCUCGGAACAAACUGAAGGAGAGCCUCGCAGUGGCCUCGAGUCACUCUCAGGAAACCGAAGAAGAGGAGGAGCAGGAGGAGCAGGAAUCUCCCAGGAGGAGGAGGUCCAUCCAAGAGAGCCUGUCCCUCCCCGUGCCUGUCUGCUAUCCUGGGAAUGGACAGAAAGAUGAUCCAGGAGAGAGCAGAGAUGGAUCCAGGUGUAAAGCAGAGCUCUCCAGCAGCCCGUCUCUGUCCCCAUCACAGGGAGACAGUAUUGAAAGCAGUGGAAGUCCUUCUUUGUCUCCUCCAAAAGAAGCAUCGUCACCACAUUCCCCCUCUGGGUUCAUGCGCAAUGUCAAGAAGAGGGAGUCAAAAGGAAAGAGCUCAAAAGAGGAGCUAAAUGAGUCCUCAUCAGCCGGAAAACCUAAAAGAAGAUUUCCAGACUUUGGAGGCCUGCGAAAGUCAGGUGGCAAAGGAAAGAAACAAGGGGACAAGGAGGCAAUGAGAGCAUCUUUGGACAGCAGGGGAUCAGCAGAGUUACUGGAGGAGUCUGGAGGGAACCUGUCUCCUGCAGAUUCAAUGACCUCCAUCCCCACCUGUAUGCCCUUCUCCUGGUUUGGAGACAAAGAAAGGGACAGAGACAGAGAGCCCUCAUCGUCCAGCAGCAGUCUGCCGUACGCUGCAACUGAGACCAGCAGUGAACAAAGCCAGGACCGGAAGAAUAAGACGAAUCUCUCCUGGUCCUCUUUAUUCAGUCGCUCAUUAGAUUUGAGUUUUUCAGUCAUAGAUGAUUCUAACCCUGCCAGUCCCAGUUCAGACAUCUCUGGGUUAGUUGCUGAACCCAAUCUGUCUGGGCGCUCACACACUUUAAUCUUCUCUUCCAGCGAGACUUUGGAUGAUGAGCCGGUAGCUACAGGGAAAGAGUAUCAGUGGCAGAACCGGCCUGUCUCUGAAUGGACCAAUCAACAGGUCUGUCACUGGUUGAUGGGCAUGAAUAUGGACCAAUACACACCUGAAUUCACAGCGAAGGGCGUGGACGGCCAGCAGCUCUUGUACUUGGACAGUGACAAGUUGAAGGCACUCGGUGUGACGAGUCAGAGCGACCGUUCAACUAUCAAGAAAAAGCUGAAGGACAUGCGUAAGGCCCAGGAGAAGCUGGAGAAACAGAGAGAGAAAAAAGAGAAGGAGGUCAGACGCAGCGGGAGACUGCCACUCAGCAGCGACUCUGUCUGCUGAGGCAGCAGCUCCGUGUUCAUAAAGUUCAUGACUAACAGAACGCUGAGCAACUCUUUUUUUUAAUACUUUUGGUGCCAUGACGUUCAUGUCAAAUGGCGUUAACGCCAACAACCGCAGAACACGACUGCCAGGAGUUUAUCCUGUGCUGACUGAGGUGCCAGUUGUGGUUUCUGUUCAUUUGGUAGCUCCUGACGCUCUCCUCAUCACUGUUUCUCACGAAUGUUUUAACAAACUUCAGCUCAAACCAUUUUAACUGAAAGAUGGGGAAUGUCUAAAAGUUGUGUAUGUGACCAAAAAGGAAUCCUGACAUUUUUUUUACCACUAAAAAGCUUGAAGCUAUGGUUAUGAAAUUAAAAAGUCUGUUAUCAGAUUUAAUGUAGUAGUUGCAGAUCAUGCACACAUUUACCAAUGGAAGUCAAAUGUAUACUGCUUUUUCAGCAUUUUAUAUUUUUGCUAGUAUAACUUGCCUGUUUCCACAUACAACUCUUCUGCAGGAACGGUUAUUGUACAGUUCAGAUAUAAAAGCACUAUAUUUGUCUUUUAAGCUUCAACGGGCGACAAGGUUUUAAAUGUAUAAAUGAGUUUUAUACAUGUGCUUAUUAACUGCAUAUCUUUUUUUACGUAAAUACCAUUGUUCAUUUUAUACUAUCUAAAUUUUUCUACUAAGUAGAAUAGCUCGGGCCGCCGUUUUUGCUGAAUGAAAAGCAACAAACAAAAUCAAGUAGGGGCGAGAUGAAUGCUGCUUCUGCUGUCCCUGACUCCUGCUGUGUGUGGCUGAGAUGGUACCAUGACGCUCCAUGUAAAUACACACAGCAUGCAGGUCCGCUUCACACACACACACACACACCUCACCGUCCAAGAGGCGGUCAGGUGUGCCAAUGACAAGGACUCGUGUGAGUCGGGAGCACAGCGUCGUGUAUGAAUGUGAGGCUGAACCAUGAGUUGUUCACAGCCAAACGCAAGUGCUUCCUUUCUUCUUCUCACGCAUGACUCCAUGUUCUGUAUCCAAUACGACAUGCUGGACUGCAAGAAAAUCAUGUUUUCUACGUUUUCUGAAUCUGAGAAACAUUUCUUGGUACAUACGGCAUCAAUAAACUAAUUUUCACUUUA